AUGGAGGCCGGAGCCGAGGCCGCCCGCGGAGCCGCAGGCUACCCUGUGGAUAUUCUGGAAGAUGACCCUGAGGGGCUCCAGGAAGCAGCUCUGGCUUACCAUGCUACCCUCAGGAAGGCCGUGGGGUCCCCAGUGGAGCUUUUCUCUCUCCCUACUGGGGAGCAGGUUAAACUGGAGGCUUCAUCUGUUUGCUUUUGCAGCGUGCACCGUGACGAGCCUCGACAUAAAGUACUGGUCUUAGUCAGUCCCCGGGACACAAAGACAGUUGUGGCCGUUUACAUAAAGGCAUCCUGGUGGGCUACUGAAGAUGUGCUGAGAACCUCUGAUCCUGCAAGACAAGGUCUGAUAAAGGAGCAGGCUAAAAUUCUGUGGAGAGAUGGAGCAGCUGUUGGAUUUUAUACAACCAAAAUGAGAGGCAGCCUGUGUGGUGACGGCACAGGUGCAUGCUACCUGCUGCCGGUCUUCGAUACCGUGUUUGUCAGAAGGAGCCACCGUCGCCAAGGCCUGGGCCUGGCCAUGCUGCAGGACUUCUGCCAGACAUUCCAGGAGGAAGAGGCCCUGGGGGUCAGUUGCCCGAUUUCUCCUGCCAUGUUCCAAGUCUGUAGGAAGUUCCUGUUGGCCCACCCAGAGGAGCAGGGGCGCCUGUGGGAGGUGGAGCCCCCAGGAGCUUGGGGCCAGCGAGCCAACAUCUGGCUGAAAAUUCAGCUGCACCUGUCCAGACAUCCAGACUGUGAGCCGGAGGGCACGGACGCGCACCUUGGUCCAGUUAUUCCUCCCGUCGGUCAGGACGUGCAGAUGGACUGAUGGAUGAGCCAGGUGCCUGGGUGAUGUGUUUGCAGUUGUCUCAGGAAUAAAGGAGGGAGGGCUGCCUGGUGGAGGUGCCCAGCAUGCCUCCCUCCUGCCUUAUUUUUUCAAACAGCAAUACCCAACAAAGCUAUUUAUUUAAUUUAUUUGGAUGCUGCAGAUAAAUAUCUUUGUUAAAGAUACGACCAACAUGUUGCCCAACAUUUCAAAACAGAUUUGUAAGUCUAAGGCUUCCCUUUCCAAUGGGGCAGCUUCUGGAAUAGACAAGACACCACAGUGCAAAAUCCUUCUGUUUUGACCCUGUAACUCGUGUUCCCACGUGAUAAAAUAAGUGACAGUUGGAAAUCAACAUGCACUCAUAACUCCAUGACCAAGUGUGUGCUGGUGGAUCCGUCACCAUAGGUCAUGGGUAAAUACGUUCUCCUUUUUAUAUUCCCACCUGGGAUGGAAGAAGUAUCUUUUAAGUACACAUUUCCCAUAGGUAAUACCUUCUGUGCCUAUGUGUCCUCAAAAAGACACUUUAUAGUGGUAUGUACAUAGGUUACCUACAUGUUUAACUUUAUAAUCCUGCCUCUAAAUUGUCGAUGUUUUAUUUUCACAGCAUAUCAAUUUUGGGCUACAUUAAUAAAGCUGGCAUCUUG